AUGAGUGAAUCCCUCCGCUUCCUCGGUUCUCUCAAGGGUCACAAGGGCUGGGUGACUGCCAUCGCCACCUCGUCAGAGACACCCGAUGUUAUCCUGUCCGCUUCGCGUGACAAAACCAUCAUCGUAUGGCAACUCACCCGUGACGAAUCCAGCUAUGGCUCCCCCAAAAAAAUUCUACACGGACACAACCACUUCGUUUCGGACGUUGUGAUCUCUUCCGACGGCCAAUUCGCCCUUUCCUCAUCCUGGGACCAUACCCUCCGCCUCUGGGAUCUCAACACUGGCACGACAACACGUCGCUUUGUUGGUCACACCUCGGAUGUUCUCUCUGUCAGUUUCAGCGCUGACAACCGACAAAUCGUCUCCGGUUCCCGCGACCGCACCAUCAAGCUGUGGAACACCCUUGGUGAAUGCAAAUACGACAUUAAAGAGGAUGGCCAUACUGAGUGGGUGUCUUGCGUCAGGUUCAGUCCUAAUGUCAUGAACCCCGUCAUCGUUUCCUGCGGCUGGGACAAAGUUGUCAAAGUCUGGGAGCUGUCGAAGUUCAAAUUGAAGACCAACCACUACGGCCACACCGGCUAUAUCAACACUGUCUCCGUCUCACCUGAUGGCUCCCUUGCUGCUUCUGGUGGUAAGGACGGCAUCACCAUGCUCUGGGAUCUGAAUGAGGGCAAACAUCUGUACUCCCUUGAGGCCGGUGACAUUGUCAACGCCCUCGUCUUCUCUCCCAACCGAUACUGGUUGUGCGCUGCAACGGCGAGCUGUGUCAAGAUCUUCGACCUUGAGAGCAAGUCUAUUGUUGAUGAGCUUAAACCCACGUUCACUGAGACUUCGGAGGGUGGACGGGAACCGGAGUGUGUGUCGAUUGCGUGGUCUGCUGAUGGUCAAACGCUCUUCGCUGGCUUCACCGACAACGCUAUCCGUGUCUGGACCGUGUCGUCAUAA